AUGGCGACCUCGGCGGCCUCGCAGCCGCCCCUCAAGGGCAUCUUGAAGAACAAGACGUCGGGGGCUUCCACGGUGGGGGUCACGCCCCAAGAGUCUCGCCAGAAGGUGGAGGAGGAGAUGAAUAAGAAAUCCCAGAAGUGGGAUGAGAUGAACAUCCUGGCGACCUACCACCCGGCAGGCAAGGACUACGGGUUCAUGAAGGUGGACGAGCCAGGCACGCCCUACCAGAAACUCUCGGCGGCGGUGGGCUCCGAACCCAAGUUCCGCCUGCGGCAGCGGGAAAGCAGCAGCACCGAAGAGGAGGGCGGCCUCUCGUCCCAGGACCAGGAGAAGAGAGAGAAAUUCGAAACGCAGCGCAAGCUGCACUACAGCGAGGGACUGAGCAUCAAACUGGCCCGACGGCUGCUCUCACAAGAACUCUUCGAAGAUGACGACGAAGACGUGGGGUCGGGGACUGCGGAAGGGGGGACGACGAGCAGCAGCGUCAAAGCCAAAGCCGGAGCCUCCUCGUCCAGUCCCGGGUCGACCUCAAAGGAAAAACAGCGGAGCAAAUCACCCAGUUCCUAG